AAACGAAAAUAAAGGCCCAGCCCAAUAUUGAAACCCUAGCCCUAACUCAGCUCUCUCCUUAACUUCUCUCUCUCCUCUCAAACUCAUUCAUUUUCAUCAGAACGGACGGAGAGAAGAGUGUAGCCGCCGUGACAGUUUCACUGCUCUGAAACUCCAUUUCCUCUCCCGCACGCCGGCUCUAUCAGAGAAGAAGUAAAUAUGAGUCGAGGAAGUGCAGCAGCUCCCAAAGGGAAGAAAAAGGGAGCAACAUUUACUAUUGAUUGUGCUAAGCCAGUGGAGGAUAAGAUCAUGGACAUUGCAUCUCUUGAAAAGUUUCUUCAGGAGAGGAUUAAGGUCGGUGGCAAGGCUGGUGCUCUCGGUGACUCAGUCACUGUUACCCGCGAGAAGAGCAAGAUUACUGUUACAUCUGACAGUAAUUUCUCCAAGAGGUAUUUGAAAUACUUGACUAAGAAGUAUUUGAAAAAGCACAAUGUUCGUGAUUGGCUUCGCGUGAUCUCAUCGAACAAGGAUCGCAACGUUUAUGAACUUAGGUACUUUAACAUUGCUGAGAACGAGGGUGAGGAGGAAGAUUAAAUUUAAUUUGUCAGAACAAGUUAAUUUUCUUGUUGCCUGAAUUUCCUUUUAGUUUUUCCAAUCCAAUUGUGAUGGUGUUUUUUAUUGAAACUAGUUAUGUAUGCCUUACAAUUUUGUUUGUUAUAGCUAGAGAUUUUUAAACAUUUCUUCUGUUUGAUGAGAAUAUAUUAGCAUGUUUGGAAUUUUA